CUACUGCUGCCUCGUGUGGUCACUUUGAGGUUUGGUGUGGAAGAGCCUCAGGCCUUUACAGCACAUGAUGUUGGUUUUCCACAUUCAGCGUUUCAAACAGGAAACGUGAGCUCACAUGGUUUUACUCAGACCACUGUCAGCAAAAAUGAAAGAAAGAAACCAAACCAAGGCCACGGUUGCCACGAUGGAGUUUGCUUGCAGCCAUGUGGUUUGUAACUGGACGUCAGAUGGAGCAGCAUGGACAGAUGUUCGUGUUGUUAAAAACAAGUCUGACAGAGAGACUGUUGACGGUCAGUCUCCUCCUCCUCCUCCUCCUCCUCCUCGCCGCCUUAAAAAACCUCGUCCUUUGUCCCUCCCUCUGCCACCUCUCCCCUCCCUACAGCCUCCCCUCUGCCCCCCACCUGUCCCACCCAGAGCAGCAGGGAGGAGAGACGGAGAAGGAAGCAGAGCGAACGCAAACGUCAACGUCGUGUCCAUCAGUGUGGGGACACUGGUUAAUAUCAGCCAAGGUGUGGAGACGACUCGGAGCCCGGUGCAUUGUGGGAAAUGUAGUGCAGUCUGGUCGUGUCUGAGCUCCAUGCAGCAGAAUCUGUGGGCGUGUGAGUUCUGCGGCUGUGUGAACGGCGUGGACGACGCGCCGCGCGUCAGUCACAGAGCGUCCGCGCGCAGCGACGAUGUUUACCUGCACGACCAGAGCGACGACGACUACCAGAACCUGGAGGACACGCUGGUCGUCUUCUGUGUGGACGUCUCUGGCAGCAUGAGCGUCACUACAGCGGUCACGUCCGGCAGCAGGUUUACGGCUCAUGUUUCCAGACUGGAGGGUAUCCAGGACGCCCUGCAGGGGGUGCUGUCGUCCCUGCUGCAGCAUUCACCCCGCAGGAGAGUGGCACUGGUGACUUUCAGUGACGAGGUCGUCAUAUAUGGAGACGGCACUAAUGCUCCUCUCACUCUCAGAGACUGGGCAUUGGUCGACUAUGACCAUAUAUGGGAACAGGGCGUGGCUUACAGCGUCCCUCACUGUAUCGCUGAGACGUACGAACAAUUAUUGCAAAGCGUUAAAGACCUCAGAGAACAGGGUGCUACGUGUCUAGGUCCCGCGGUGUUAGCGUCAGUCGCCAUGGCGUCAAAGUACCCCGGGUCGAAGGUGAUUGUGUGCACUGACGGCAGAGCCAACAUUGGCCUGGGUGAGAUGGAACAGACAUUCUCUCCGUCGUCUUCUCCACUCACCACGUAUUUCUACAAACAGUUGGCUCGUCAGGCUGUGAAGAACGGAGUCAUAAUCUCAGUGAUGACUUUUGAAGGGACAGACUGUCGUCUGGCCGACAUCGGACGAUUAGCCGACACCACGGGUGGACGGGUCAACAUCGUGACCAUCGGCACCAUCGCAUCAGAGAUCCAGUUAGCCUCCGUGGACAACGUGCUCGCGACGGGAGUCACGGCAACGCUGAUCGCUUGUGACGGCAUGUAUUUUCCUUACGAGGAGGAAAACAGACACAAACUUGUGAGAGAGAUCGGGAACGUGACCAAAGGACUGGAAAUGACUUUUCAAUUUGCAGUCAAACCAGAGUUCAUGGAGGUUUUUCUCCAAAGGAACUCAGUCCCGUUCCAACUUCAGCUGAGCUUCAAAACUAGAGACCAACAAAGAGUCACUCGCGUCAUCACCGAGCAGCGACCAGUUACCAGCAGCAGUGAGAUGUGGGACAGUACGUUUAACCUGGCGGUGCUCGGCGUUCACUGCGCUCAGCUCUGUGCAUCUCUGACCAUGGACGGUCGAGUGCAGGAAGCACAGCGGCAAAUACGAGCUCAGCGAGACCUGCUUCAACAAAUCAGCCAGAACAGACCCGUCCAGAAGCAGGAAAGUAUCUAUGGCAAUUGGAUGGACACCAUGACGACAAUCUGUUAUGACAUUGCCUCAGAGUCCCAGACGCUCUCUGAUGAAGCAGCUGAGGUUGUGUACCACAUGAAGAGAGCCAGCAGUGUCAACAACAACAACAAAGGUCUGAGAGAAAGAAGCCUGUGACGAAGGAAAACGCCCUGAAAGAAGGAAUAUAUCCGUCAUCCAGAACUUACAAGUUGCCACAUGAUUGUAAAACUAACUGGUGUGACUUAGUAUUAUUAUUAUUAUUAUUAUUAUUAUACAUUUACAGACCACGAGUGGCCAAAGACAGGAACACAGUGGUGACAUGGUGGUGACAGAGCGGGAAUCAGAAGCUGUUUUAUAUUUAUUCAUUACUUCUAUCUUAUCGUAAGUCAGUUGUCAUUGAAAAUGAAAGAAUGAACAGUAUUAUUUGUUUUCUCAUGCUGAAUAAACUUCCUCCCGCCUUUU